AUGACGAGCGGCGGCAACCGUCCCGGCGUCGAUGGCCACGACAGCGGCGGCCGUGGUGGCGGCGGCGGUGGCGACCGGUGGAGGGCGGAGGAGGCCAUCGGCGGCAACCGAGAAGCGCUGGAGGCUCUCAGAGAGCUCAUCACCUUCCCUCUCCUCUACUCCCGCGAAGCUCGGCGGCUCGGCCUCAAGUGGCCGCGAGGCUUGCUUCUGUACGGACCGCCGGGCACUGGCAAGACAAGCUUGGUCCGUGCGGUUGUGCGAGAAUGUUCCGCGCAAUUGACCAUUAUCAGUCCGCACGCUGUUCACAGAGCUCAUGCUGGAGAAAGCGAGAGUGUUCUGCGAGAAUCUUUUUCUGAAGCAUCUGCUAUUGCAAGGUCGGGCAAGCCAUCGGUAAUCUUCAUAGAUGAAAUAGAUGUGCUUUGCCCUCAUCGUAAUUCUAGAAGAGAGCAAGAUGUCCGUUUGACUUCUCAAUUAUGUACCCUGAUGGAUUCUAUUCAGCCACUAUCAGAAUCAUUGCCACAAGUAGUUGUUGUUGCAUCCACUAACAGAGUGGAUGCAAUUGACCCUGCACUUAGAAGGUAUGGACGCUUUGAUGUUGAAAUAGAAGUUACAACACCCAAUGAAGAAGAGCGCUUUCAAGUUCUCCAGCUUUACACAAAAAAAGUUCCUUUGGAUCCUACUGUUGACUUGAGAUCCGUCGCUAUAAUGUGCAAUGGAUAUGUUGGAGCUGAUUUAGAAGCUUUAUGCCGUGAGGCAACUGCUUUUGCUCUUAAAAGGUUUUCAGAUAUAGAGCAGGUUUUGGUUACAAUGGAAGAUUGGGACUAUGCUAGAUCUAUUGUUGGCCCAAGUAUAACAAGAGGUGUUACCGUGGAAAUUCCUAAGGUAUCAUGGGAUGAUAUAGGAGGAUAUAAGGAAUUGAAGAGGAAGAUUCAGCGAGCUGUUGAGUGGCCUAUCAAACAUUCGGCUGCUUUUUCGAGGCUGGGAAUAUCACCAAUACGUGGAGUACUUCUGCAUGGACCUCCAGGGUGCUCAAAAACUACUCUGGCGAAAGCCGCUGCUCAUGCUACCCAAGCUUCUUUUUUUUCCUUAAGCGGAGCGGAAUUAUAUUCAAUGUAUGUCGGAGAGGGGGAAGCCUUAUUGAGGAAUACCUUUAGAAGAGCUCGUCUUGCGGCACCAAGCAUCAUAUUUUUUGAUGAGGCUGAUGUUGUGGCAGGCAAGCGUGCAGGUAAAUCAAGCAGCAAUGCCAUAGUUGGAGAGAGGCUAUUAUCCACAUUGUUGACUGAGAUGGACGGUUUAGAACUGGCAAAUGGAAUCAUUGUGUUAGCUGCUACAAAUCGCCCCCAUGCAAUUGAUGCAGCACUUAUGCGGCCUGGACGUUUUGAUUUGGUGCUCUAUGUACCCCCGCCAGAUUUGGCGUCUCGCCAUGAGAUAUUGCGCGUGCAUACUCGAAACAUGAAAAUAGGAAAUGAUGUCGAUCUUGGAGAUUUAGCAGAACAUACUGAGCGGUUCACAGGAGCCGAAUUGGAGGGCCUGUGCAGGGAAGCAGGAAUGGUCGCUCUAAGAGAAAACAUACAUGCAACUGCCGUUUAUGACCGUCAUUUCCGAAUCGUUAGGGAGUCCUUGAAGCCAGCAUUGUCCGAAGCAGACAUUCAUUCGUAUGAAUCGUUUCGAAGGACUCGAUAGCUGAAGCCUUGUGACUAUACGAUCCAAACUGACAUGACCUUAAUGUCAUCCGGUGAUGUUUGCUGGAUGUGAUCCUUGAGUCGAUACAUUUUAGUAAAUUUGUCAAAUGUUUUAGUAGAUAUCCAUGGUAAGUUACCAACUUACAUUUGAAAUUACGAAUAUCUAGUUGAUUAAUUAGUUAAUUAUUUAUGCUUGAA